UUUUAACUUCGUGGUUAUACACACGGUGGAUGAAAAUAUAUGAAUAGAGGAAUUAAAUAAUAACGUCGAAGGUCGAAAGCUGACUAAACGUAAACAUAACACAACUGGAUAUGUUGGCGGGUGCCUGGUAUUAUUUUCUCGUGAAAAAUACUAUAAAACGAACGAAAACUCGUCGUAUAAGAGGUAUGGUCUCUUAUUAAACGAAUAAUAUAAUGUUCAGAUAUUUAAUUUAAAAUGAGGCGCGUAAAAAAUCAAGUGAUAAAAAAAAUAACUAGUAGAAAUGUGUAUCGUGUUCUCUGAUGCACUUGAAAGUCGAAGACAUCGAAGAAUCCUAAGUACCCUUAUUUUCUUACAAAAAAUCUUAAAAUAAUCCUGCUAGGAAAUGAAAUUGUUGAAAUGGAGAUAUAUUCGUGCCUAAUUUUCUGCAAAUAAAUUUUAAUAAGCUGUUCAAGUACGUUUUAGCAUUGACAGCUGAUAUGGUAUGAUCAUGGCGGAAUCUACGAAGAAGGCAGAAGAUGAUAAAGUUAAGUGUAAAAUUUUAAUUGUUGGCGCUGGUAUGGCCGGAUUAUCGGCCGCAAAUCACUUGCUAAAAAAUCACGAAACUGAUUUUUUGAUUGUCGAAGCGCGAGGCCGGAUAGGUGGUCGGAUCGUUGCCAUAAAACUCGGCAAUGAGAAGGUAGAAUUAGGAGCAAACUGGAUUCAUGGAGUAUUAGGAAAUCCAAUGUUUGAAUUAGCAAUGGCAAAUGGAUUAAUAAAUAUCGUACGUGUACCAAGGCCUCAUAAAGUAGUAGCAGCUAUGGAAGAUGGAAAACAAUUGCCUUUUCCAGUUUUACAAGAAAUUUAUGAAGCUUAUGUAUGUUUUCUAAGACGGUGCGAAGAGUACUUUCUAAGCUCUUAUAGCCCUCCAGAUGGUAUAACCAGUGUUGGAGCACACGUAGCACUGGAAGCUGAAAUUUAUUUAUCCUCGUUACCAGUUGAAGAAAGAAAAAUUAGACAACUAUUGUUUGAUUGUUUACUUAAAAGAGAGACCUGUAUUACUGGCUGUGAUAGCAUGGAAGAUGUUGAUCUCUUGGAAAUGGGCUCUUACGCAGAACUUCAGGGUGGAAAUAUUAGUCUUCCAGAUGGAUACAGUGCAAUAUUGGAACCAGUUGCAAAACACAUACCAAAAACUAGCAUUUUAACUAGACACGUAGUUACUAAAAUAAGGUGGCAAAGAAAGAAAUGCGCGGACAAUGCAAAUAACGAUAAUAAUACACCCAAUAAUACAAAUACAUGUAUCGAAAUACAAUGUGGAAAUGGAAAAACAAUCCUAGCAGAACAAGUAAUUUGUACAUUGCCAUUAGGAGUACUUAAGGAAAAUGCUAAAGAUAUAUUUGAACCGCCUCUACCAAAUUACAAACUUGAAGCCAUAGAUAGACUUCUGUUUGGUACUGUAGAUAAAAUAUUUUUGGAAUAUGAGAGACCAUUUUUGAAUCCUGGUGUAUCUGAAGUUAUGCUUUUGUGGGAUGACAGAGGAUUGACAGAAGAGGAGAAACAAGAUGUUAGUAAAACGUGGUUUAGGAAGAUAUAUUCUUUUACGAAAAUUUCAGAAACUUUGUUGUUGGGAUGGAUAUCAGGAAAGGCUGCUGAAUAUAUGGAGAAGUUAAGUGGUGCAGAAGUCGCAGAUGUAUGCACAUCAAUAUUGAGAAGAUUUCUUAACGACCCAUUUGUGCCGGCACCAAAGAAUUGUUUGCACACGUCGUGGCAUUCACAGCCGUAUACGCGCGGUUCCUACACUGCUAUGGCUGUUGGAGCAAGUCAAUUAGAUAUUAAUCGUUUAGCUGAGCCUAUAUUUCAAGAGGAUGAUCCUACAAAAAUUGCUGUAGCAUUUGCAGGUGAACAUACACAUUCUUCCUUUUAUAGUACUGUACAUGGAGCAUAUUUAACUGGCCGAACCGCUGCCCAAGCACUUCUAGAAUCGCAAAAGAAUGAGAAAAAUUUGUUGAGUCUCAGUUGUGAAGACACAAGCGAUCUCAGUUCGUGGAUACAAGGAAUUUCCUUGAACUAAACAUUGAAAUUGUUCUUUGUCGACGUUUACACAUUAUUGAGCACAAUUUAUUACCGAGGUACGAACAAUAUUUUACACACUGUCGAGAUCGAUAACAAUUGUGAUUUAUAGGUGUUUAGUAUUAAGCGAAACGUAUAAACUAUUUUAAUUUUGUAAAUA